CCCUCAUUUGCAUCAGUCAGUGGAAGGAGCGGAGAGGAGCACAGACAGAGAAAGGGGGAAAGUUAUUUUAAAAGAUUACUUUUUACUUUUAUUUUUGAUAGACGCGGUCUAUUUGGGAACUGGUUGGGGGUUUUUCUUUUUCUCCCCCUCUCACCACUCUCCUCACUGCGGUCAGGGUCUGAGCUGUGACAGCCCCGCUGAAUGAGAGCCGGAGAGAGCCGUUCUCACCGCGGGGAAAGGACUUGUCUGCACGCCGAGCGGAGGAGCCGCUCUCCCGGGCAGCGGACUGUGCGCUGAGCGGCCGCGUCCGCUCCCCUCCCAACCCUCCGGGACUCUGCGGGCGGUUCGAAGUUGGAGAUGAAAUAAGUUUUUUGUCUCUGCUCGCUUUUGGGAGAUAUUUUUCUUGUCAUUUGUUUAAGGAAAUCAAAAGGGAAGCCUUUCGGAUCGCGCACUUUGCUCUGUUCCGCUCUUGUUGGAAAGCGGAGAGAGAGAAAGGGAAAGAGGUAGAGAGAGGGAGAGAGAGAAAGAGAGGAGAGGAGAGGAGAGGAGGGCUGGAUGCCUGCCGGUCCGCGGAUCCUCAAGACGCAGUCCCACAGCCGAGGAUUAUUGUCCAUCAUCCAACGGAGUACGGACGCACGGUGGCGGGGUGGAGAGGACUCAACAUUCGGCGUCUCCGCGGUGGGAAUGGCAAGGCGGGCGCUGGAGAGAGGAGUGCAGCCGGGGCUGGAGAGGAGCCGGAGCCGGAGCUGAGUGACAGGAUGCCCGCGACCUGAACUGCUCGGAGCACCGAUUCAGCCUGGAGUUUUUGCCCUCUUUUUUUAAAAAAAAAAAAACAACAUAAUAAUAAUAUUUUUUUUAUUGUUUUGCUGCUAAAGUACAUUUCUAUUUUUAUUUUUGUUUUGUUUUGUUUUCUCGAACUAUAACGGAGAGAGACAUUAAGAAAGAAACAACAACAACAAAAAGCUUUUGGAGGAUUUCUCUUUUAAAAACAAAUACUUCUUUUCCUGGAGUGCUUUUGUUUUUCCUUCUUCUUCUUCUUCUUUUCUUUUUUUUUUUUGUAAUUGUGGAGGAGACAGAACGAUGAUGCAUUGUGGAUUAGUUUUUGUCCUGUUCAUGGGAUUCCUCGCGGUGCUCGAGGCUUUUAAAAACGAUAAAUGCGGAGGCAACAUCAGAAUCUCCAGCGCCAGCUACCUCACGUCGCCCGGAUACCCGAUGUCCUACCCGCCCUCUCAGAGGUGCAUGUGGGUCAUCUCGGCGCCGGGUCCCCACCAGCGGAUUCUUAUCAACUUCAACCCGCAUUUCGACCUGGAGGACCGAGAGUGCAAGUAUGACUACGUGGAGGUGCGAGAUGGUGUGGACGAGAACGGUCAGCUGGUGGGGAAGUACUGCGGGAAGAUCGCCCCCUCAGCGGUCGUCUCCUCAGGAAACCAGCUGUUUAUCAAGUUUGUGUCGGACUACGAGACCCACGGAGCCGGAUUCUCCAUCCGAUAUGAGAUCUUUAAGACGGGUCCGGAGUGCUCCAAGAACUUCACCUCCAACAGUGGCGUCAUAAAGUCUCCGGGGUUUCCAGAGAAGUACCCCAACAACCUCGACUGCACCUUCAUGAUCUUCGCCCCAAAGAUGUCGGAAAUCAUUUUGGAGUUCGAGAACUUCGAGCUGGAACCCGACACAACGCCCCCUACUGGUGUCUUUUGCCGCUACGACCGGCUGGAAAUCUGGGACGGUUUUCCAGGAGUCGGGCCUUACAUCGGCAGGUACUGUGGUCAGAACACCCCCGGCAGGAUCAUCUCCUACACAGGCAUUUUGGCUCUGACAAUCAACACCGACAGCGCCAUCGCUAAGGAAGGCUUCUCUGCCAACUUCACUGUCCUCGACCGGACCGUCCCAGAGGACUUUGACUGCAGCGAUCCAUUGGGAAUGGAGUCGGGGGAGAUAACAUCAGACCAAAUCAUGGCUUCAUCCCAGUACAACCCCAGCUGGUCCCCGGAGCGCUCCCGACUCAACUACUACGAAAAUGCAUGGACGCCCGCAGAGGACUCAAACAAGGAGUGGAUUCAGGUGGACCUCGGCUUUCUGCGCUUCAUCUCUGCCAUCGGGACACAGGGUGCCAUUUCCCAGGAGACUCACAAGAUAUACUUUGUCAAGUCCUACAAAGUAGACGUCAGCUCCAACGGAGAGGACUGGAUCACCUUGAAAGAAGGCUCCAAACAGAAGAUUUUCCAGGGCAACACCAAUCCAACGGACGUCACCAAGGCCAAGCUGCCCAAACCCACGCUGACGCGAUUCCUCCGCAUCCGUCCAGUCGCCUGGGAAACGGGCAUAGCGCUGCGCUUCGAGGUCUACGGCUGCAAGAUAUCAGAGUACCCCUGCUCCGGCAUGUUGGGCAUGGUGUCGGGCCUGAUCACAGACAACCAGAUCACGGCAUCCUCUCACACCGACCGGAGCUGGGUGCCCGAGAACGCCCGCCUUCUCACCAGCAGGACCGGAUGGACGUUGCUGCCCCAGCCGCAGCCCUUCGCGAACGAGUGGCUGCAGGUGGACCUCGGCGAAGAGAAGCUGGUGAAGGGGUUCAUCAUCCAGGGAGGGAAAUACCGCGAGAACAAGGUCUUCAUGAAGAAGUUCCGCCUCGGGUAUAGCAACAACGGCUCCGACUGGAGGGUGGUGUAUGACACCAACGGAAACAAACCAAAGAUAUUUGAAGGUAACAGUAAUUACGACACUCCUGAGCUGAGGACAGUGGAGCCCCUGCUGACCCGUUUCAUCAGGAUUUAUCCAGAGAGGGCUACUCCUGCAGGGAUGGGCCUGCGCCUUGAGCUCCUCGGCUGCGAGAUUGAAGCUCCGACGCUCCCCCCGACCACUCCGGCCCCGAGCACCACCCCUUCCGAUGAGUGUGAUGACGACCAGGCGAGCUGCCACAGCGGCACAGGUGAUGACUACGACGUGACAGGUGGCACCGCAAUGCCAGAGACCACAACUUUAAAAGUGGACCCCAUUCCAGGCUUUCUGUGGUUUGCUUGCGACUUCGGUUGGCCCAAUGAUCCCUCCUUCUGCCGCUGGACUUCAGAGGACACUGGCUCCAGGUGGCAGAUCCAGUCCAGCGGCACCCCAACUCUCAAUACUGGCCCCAACAUGGACCACACAGGGGGGUCAGGAAACUUCAUCUAUACGCUAGCGACCGGUCUCCAGGAGAGCGAAGUGGCUCGACUAGUGAGUCCCGUGGUCAGCUCUGAGGAUUCCGACCUGUGCGUGUCCUUUUGGUACCACAUGUACGGGUCACACAUCGGAACACUGCAUAUCAAACAGCGAGAGCAGACUGAGGAAGGAACUGCCGACAUCCUGCUCUGGACGGUCAGUGGUCACCAAGGCAAUCGCUGGAGGGAAGGGCGUGUCUUUGUCCCGCGGAUCAGCAAACCCUAUCAGGUGGUGAUUGAGGGUCUUGUGCAGAGGAAGAGCUGGGGAGACAUCGCUGUGGAUGACAUUAAGGUUCUCGACGGGCUUGGCAAAUCAGAUUGUGAAGAUCCUGAUGUGCCCACUGAGCCAAUGCUACCGGAGGACAAUAUCAACGAAAUUUUUGAGGACAUCACCGACUAUCCAGACCUGGUGGAAACCAACCAGAUCAGUGGCGCUGGCAACAUGCUGAAAACUCUCAAUCCCAUCCUCAUCACCAUCAUCGCCAUGUCGGCCCUGGGGGUUUUCCUGGGGGCCAUCUGCGGCGUGGUCCUGUACUGCGCUUGCUCGCACGGCGGCAUGUCGGAUAGGAACUUAUCGGCCCUGGAGAACUAUAACUUUGAGUUGGUGGACGGCGUCAAGCUAAAAAAGGACAAACUCAAUGUACAGAACUCGUACUCAGAGGCAUGAGCUGUCACAAGACUAAAAGACGGAGCAGAGCUCGCACACAAAGAAGAAGAAUGGAAAAAAAAACAUCUUCAGGCAUAUUUUGUAUGCCGACCCCGUAAGCGGGCUCAACAGAACUGCCAAACACCCUCCGCUCAACAGAUGAGGGUCAGGGUUCAGGAAACCAGUGGGAGGUUUGGACUGAUCCACGCUUUUUUUUCUCAGGAGCUGCAGUAAAAAGAACCUACCAGUAGGGGACACUGUGUACAAAUAAUAAAAUACAGGAAAAAAAAAGAAAAAAAAAAGUAUGUACAGAUGAUUUAGAUGAUAUUAUAAUUUUGUAUUUUGAUUUUCAUUCAUUUCUACAAUCGGAUGCUGGUGUUGAGACCAAUUUAUUAAUAAUGUUUAAAGUAUUUAUCUUUUGUGGGGGGGGGAGGCGUGGGGGGAGAGAAAUGUCUUGGGGAAGGUUUUGUUUUGUAGAAUCAGUUCAUGAAAGCUGUUGUUCCUCUUCACGCUUUGAAAGAGACGUAUCGAAACCCUUAAAGAACCAUAUCCCGACGAAACUGUAUAUUUUGCCACUGUGGGGCGGCGUAACGAGCGCGACCCCGAUCCUUUUCCCCUUUGACCCCCCCUGCAGUUCGGGUCCCAUUCACGUAUGGUUCUGACAGUGCCUUUAGUACCUUUUGGUUGGCCUUUUUCCGUUGAACCAAGUUCUCUUUUGAAUUAUAUUAGGGUUAAGUUAUAAAGAAAGGAAACAGGGGCACAUUACCUUAUGAAUUCCUGCGAAACA